AUGGAUGAAACCUUUGUAAUGAACUCCUAUGUCACCCCUCUUAUUAUCUCCACUGUUGGCAUAGUUUGCUCUACUGUAGCAAUAGCAGUCUACCAUUGCAUCCUCUUGAGGUUUUUCAUUAGACCUCAGAGAACACAACACAGAAACAACACAACAAACACAAGUUGGGACAAGAGUGAAGGGGUUCAAGAAGAAAUCCUUGACAAAAUCCCAGUUUUCUCAAUCUCCGCCCAAACAAGUAGUGGUGACAAUGGCAUUCAUUUGGACCAAAAUGUUGAAUGCUCCAUUUGCCUAGGACAAUGGGAAGAUGGGGAUAUGGUGCGGUCGUUGCCUUCUUGUAAUCAUGUUUUCCAUAAAUCUUGCAUUGAUGCAUGGUUCACGGACCAUGCCAAUUGCCCUGUUUGUCGCUCACCAAUCUCUUGUGAUUGUGAGUCUACUUUUGCUUUCCCCAAUUUUGGAUUUCGGGGAGCCUUGUCACUUGAUUCAUUUGGCCUUUUGAUGGUUAAAGAUUUAGAACUGAAGUGA